AUGUUUGAAACACAGAACUACGAAGUUACUAAAGGUAUUAAUUAUGAAUAUGUUUACAUGAAGAGAAAUGAUGAUUCUAAACCGACUUUAUUAUUUCUUCAUGGUUUUCCAUCAUCAUUCUAUUGUUGGCGUCAUCAAAUUAAUUAUUUUUCUAAACAAGGAUAUGGAUGUUUAGCACCAAAUUUAAUGGGUUAUGGUAAAACAUAUUCUCCAUUGGAUGAACAUGAAUAUAAAGCAAAAUCAAUGGUUCAACAUCUUAUAAGUCUUCUCGAUCAUUUAAAUUUAACUAAAGUCAUUGUUCUUGGACAUGAUUGGGGUGUUCGACCAGCAACACGAUUUGUUCUAUACCAUCCUGAACGUACAUUAGGUCUUAUUCUAUUUAAUGUUGGUUAUGAACCACCAGCAAAACGAGAUGUCGAAAAAGUAUUACAAUUUACCAGGGAAACCUUUGGUUAUGAACUCUUCGGUUAUUGGGAAUUUAUUAAUUCUGAUGAUGCAGCAAAAAUUUUCGAAGAGAAUGCAGAUGGAGCUCUUGAUAUUUGGUAUUCAAGUGAUCCAACAUUAUGGAAAACAGAUCUUGCACCACUUGGUAGACUUCGAGAAUGGAUGACAAAGAAAAAAAGAACAAAUCGAGCGUCAUAUUUAACGGAUAAAGAUUAUGAAAUAGUACGUCAAGUUAUCACUGAAGGCGUACAAUCAAAGUUAAAUUGGUACAAAUCAUUUAUUGUUAAUAUUGAUUGGGAUGACGAAAAAGAUCUUGAUCCAACAAUAAAACGACCAGUUCUUUAUGUUGCAGGAACAAAAGAUUAUAUAUUAGUUCCACAAUUCUUUGCUAAUCAAAAACAGCAUAUCCCUAAUUUAGAAACAAUUGAAUUAAAUACAAGCCAUUGGACGAUGGAAGAAAAACCAGAAGAUGUUAAUCAAAUAGUAGAAAAAUGGAUUGAAAAAAUCGUUUAA